AUGGACUACGCAAUACAACAUCGCAAAGCCUCUCGAAUGACCAAACGGGACAUCUUUGACGAACUCCUAAUGAUUCUGCUAUACUACCUGAUACGUAGUCUCCAGCAUUCACUAUCGGUCCCAUGUCCUCGCCCUGCGACUUUCACAACCACAAUUCCACCGCCCCCAAACUUUUCCUCAGCCUCCACACACACUUUCACAUCAUGCACCACUUCAAGCUCCAACAUGAAAACACCUUUUAAGCCGCUUGUUCCCUUGCUUUCACUUCUCUCCUUACCCCUACUAACCACUCUCACAUCAACUCUCACAAACCCCGCACUCAGUGCAACUCACCCUCAUCAAAGGAAUUCUCAGCACUACUCAACAUCAAUCACGACCAUGUGGGGCUACGGCGGCUAUGGAGGAUACGGAGGCUACGGAGGCUACGGCGGCUACGGCAUGGGAGGCUACGGUGGCUACGGCCAAGGCUACGGCAACUACGGUCAAGGCUACGGUCAAUCUUACGGCGGCGGCUACAGUCGACCCCUCGGCGCCUAUCCAUUCCACAUGCAAAACCGCUACAACAACAACUGCCAGCACGGCUGGCACAACUUUGGUCGAGACUUCUCCCACGCCAAGAUGCGGCGCAUGCACAACAACGAACGACGUUACGGGUACAAGAAUAUGAACUUCAGCCCGUUCUGCGAGGAUUAG